AGUGGCAUCUACCGGUGUCACAUGUUUCGAACUGCACUUAAUCGGUCUUUUGUGCAUUAUUAUAAAAAAUCAGCCGUAACGGUGAGGUUGGUUCUAAAUUUAUUCACGAUGAUAGAGAAGAAGCCAUUCGAGCGUCUGCCGAAAGACGUCACUCCAGUAAACUAUAAACUAAGGUUGAAACCUGACCUCCUUGCUUUCACUUUCGACGGACAUGAAAUUGUGUCACUGAAAGUAAAUAAACCAACAAACAAAAUCGUCCUCAAUUCCAUUGACAUCAGUAUUAAGAAAGCAACAUUGACAGUCGGUGAAAAAACUGAGGAUGCUGUUGUUAGCUACUGCAUGGAAGAUGAGACGGCAACGCUAGGCUUUGCAGAGUCUGUUGCCGCCGGUGACGCUAAGCUGUGCAUCGACUUUGAGGGGGAACUGAAUGACAAGAUGAAGGGAUUCUAUCACAGCAAGUACUUCACACCAGACGGAGAGGAGCGAUACGGCGCUGUAACACAGUUUGAGUCGACAGAUGCGAGACGGGCAUUCCCUUGCUGGGAUGAGCCUGCACUGAAGGCAACAUUCGAUGUGACUCUCGUUGUCCCAGAAGAUAGAGUGGCACUUUCUAACAUGCCAGUGCAGGUGGAGAAAGUGCUGGGGGAUGGUUGCAAGGAGGUGCAUUACUUGACGACGCCUAUCAUGUCCACCUAUCUGCUGGCGUUCGUCGUAGGAGAGUACGACUACGUUGAGGGAAGGUCUUCCGAUGGAGUCCUUAUCCGAGUCUACACGCCCGUCGGAAAGAAGGAGCAAGGCCAGUUUGCAUUGGAGGUAGCUGUGAAAACACUGCCAUUCUACAAGGAUUACUUUGGGAUUGGCUUUCCACUCCCAAAGAGCGAUCUGAUUGCAAUAGCAGACUUUGCCGCAGGAGUGGUGGACUCACCUCUGGCUGAACGAGGGUUUUGCUUCAUGGAUCGAGUACUUAUGCGUCGACUACUGCCACCCAGAGUUUGACAUCUGGACGCAGUUUGUCUCGAGUGACUACAUGCGGGCGCUGGAGCUUGAUGCGCUGCACAACAGCCACCCGAUUGAGGUUCCUGUUGGUCAUCCGGACGAGGUUGACGAGAUAUUUGACACGAUCUCGUACAGCAAGGGCGCCUCUGUCAUCCGCAUGCUGCACGAAUUCCUCGGUGACGAGUUUUUCAAGAAGGGCUUGAACAUCUACCUCAACAGAUUUAAGUACAGCAAUGCAUUUACAGAGGACCUGUGGGCAGCGCUCGAGGAAUCGAGUGGCCAGCCUGUCGGUCGCAUGAUGACCACAUGGACCAAGCAGAUGGGAUUCCCUGUAGUGCAGGUAUCACAGAGACAGGAAGGCAGUAAGAGAAUCAUAAUGCUGAAGCAGGAGAAAUUCAAUGCUGAUGGCAGUGUGGACGAGACAGACAGCAGCUGGUAUGUACCUGUGAGUCUCUGUACAGCCAGCAGUCCCUCUACACCUGUAAAGAAGGUUCUGCUGCUGCCAGAGGUCAAGUCUGUUGAGGUCAUCCUGGAUAAUGUGUCAGCAGGCGAGUGGGUCAAGGUGAACCCGGGAACAUAUGGUGUCUAUCGCACACAGUAUAGUGCUGACAUGCUCGACACACUCCUGCCGGCGAUUAAAGACAAGACGCUGCCGCCUCGUGAUCGACUUGGCCUGCAGAAUGACGUGUUUGCUCUGGCACGUGCUGGCAAGAUUUCCUCGGUGGAGUUCCUAAACGUUGUGAAGAGUUUUGAGCAGGAGGAUAACUACACGGUGUGGAACGACCUGGCGAACAAUCUCGACCAACUGGGCAAGUUGCUGCAGUACACAGACAUUGACGAUGCGUUUCGAUCAUUUGUCUGCAAGCUCUAUCAACCAAUCGGCGAAAAGAUGGGAUGGGACCCAAAAGAAAACGAGAGUCACUUGGACUCGCUGCUACGUUCGCUCGUUGUGCAGUGUCUGGCAAAGAGUGGAGAUUCUAAGACGAUCACUGAAGCUAAGAAGCGCUUCCACAGUCACUGCGAUGGAAGCUGCUGCCUUGGCGCUGACAUUCGCAGCCCGGUGUACCACACGGUGCUGCGUGACGCCGAUGAGGAGGUGUUUGACCGCGUGCUGAAGCUGCACAAGGAGGCAGACCUGCAGGAGGAGAAGGUGCGAAUCCUCCGCUCGCUCGGCUCCGUCAAGCAUGACAAGCUCAUCCAGCGAUGCCUGCAAUUCGCCAUGUCGGACGAAGUGCGCAGCCAGGACACAGUGUUUGUCAUCAUCAGUGCAACGUGCAGCAAGCUUGGUCGCCAAAUGGCAUGGGAAUUCAUCAAGGAAAACUGGAGCGAGCUGGCCAACCGAUACAGUGGGGGCUUCCUCCUCUCUCGCCUCAUCAUGUCUACCACAUACCACUUCGCCAGCAAUGACAUGGCCAAGGAAGUCGAGGGCUUCUUCGUUGAUCACCCGGCGCCGGCUGCGCAGCGCACAAUCCAGCAGAGCUGCGAGAACAUCCGGCUCAAUGCCACCUGGCGGCAGAGGGAUGAGUCUGCCAUCCGCGAGUGGCUCGCCAAGAACAGUACUUAAUAACAAGUGGCAUCAAUGCACGCCCGGCUGACGGUGGUCUGUACUUAAAGGGGCACAUGUAGAUGUUCUUGUUUCUGAGACUUACCGGCAUCAAAUUAUUGCAACUAUCUAUUUCAGUAAGACGUUCACAUAAAAUCUUCCUACGGAA